AUGCUGCAGAUUCUGUUGUUUCUCCAAGUAGCCCUCACUCCUGCUUUGGCCUGGAUUCCAGUGGAGGAUUGGGGUUCUGGCAAUGUGAAUGCAUCACUGGGUGAGUCAGGUCAGUGUUUUUGUCAUGUGUACCUGCCUGACACUACCUUUCCUGUUGACCGGGUGCAGUACAUGCAACAAGUGAGCAAGGAUCUUAUCCUGGAAGUGGAAAUUCAAAUGGACAAGAUGGUGAGCUAUGAGGCUAAGUUGUACGUCUAUUUGAAAGAGCUGACAGACCUUACUGUCAGAGUGGCCAUGCUGGAGAGCAGUUCUGACAAAUACAUCAAGCUGGACUUUGAGCUGCUCAGGAUUGAGCUCAGAGAGUUUGAAUUUCUGGUGUCUCAGCUCAAAGACUCCCUCAACUCCUCCUCGCCCAUGUUUGACAGUCUGUUUACUGAGAUCCACAACAUGACUCUCAUUGUGAACCAACUGGAGUCUUACGACAAGAGCAACCUAGAUGUGAUCCGCAUUGAGUUUGCCAAACUGCAAAAGAAGCUGGAGGAGUGCCAGAAGGACCAAGAGUUCAUCAAGCCAGAAAUUGGCAACUGCAAUCAGACAGGAAUCAUUAGGAUCAGCAAACCCACGGUUGUCCAACUAAACGCUCAUUUGAAUGCAGGUUAUCAAUAUGGGGGCUGGGGAAAAGACUCCAAACCUGUUCGGGGCUAUGAAUCAAUGUACUUCUACGGUGCCUACAGCAGCGCCUCAGUUCAUGACUUCUAUUUGUACUCUAACUAUGAAAAGCUCAUUCAACGAUCCGCAUUCAAACAUCAUGACUUACCUUAUGGGUGGGAAGGAACAGGUAACAAUUACAUUGUUCAUGGUAACACUAUAUAUUACCAGCACAACACACCUCUCAGUAUGACCAAACUGAAUCUGACCAGUUCCAAGUAUGACUAUAGAGUGAUCCCAGCUGUCAGUGAACAGUUCUCCUACAGUUACUCAGGCAAUCAGCACAUGGACUUUGCAGCUGAUGAAAAUGGAUUGUGGGUGAUGUAUGCCUCAGUAGCGAGCAAGGGUAAAAUUGUCCUUGCUAAGAUAGAUGAGAAAUCUUUUGGCAUUGAGGAUGAGUGGAACACCGGCGUAUAUAAGAAGUUGGCUGGGAAUGCUUUCAUGGCCUGUGGAGUCAUGUAUGCCACAAGGUCUGUGGAUGUGAACACAGAGGAGAUCUACUACGCAUUCAACACCAAGACUGGGGAGGAGAAGCACCUCAACAUCCAGUUUAAGAAGUUCCAGGAUAAGUACUCCAACCUGGACUACAAUCCCACAGACAAGAAGCUCUACAUGUACAACAAUGGCUACUAUGUGUCCUAUAAUGUGGGGUUUAACAAAGAAUGA